AUGAAAGGUGACAGUGAAGGCCAGGAAGCUGAUCCGAUGGGAGGUCCUCAGCUGGUGAAACAGCGUGGGAACAGUGGUGGAAAGGACGAGUGCUCGAAUGUAAGGGUAGUCGUAGGUCUCAAGAGAAGAUGCACAUUAGAUGCGGUUACAAAAACUGUCAAGGAACGAAAACAGAAGGUGAAGACUGUCACGAAUAGGAAUACAGGAGUAUCCGAAAGAGAUGCUCACGUAAAGUCCAACACUGAUAUAGAAGAGGAGAACAAACGAGGUGAAGAAGUUGUAAAGUCAUAUAAGACAAUUGAAGUCCCGACCUCGCCACGGCGUAGGUCGAGCGCCUCUUCGCCCAGAACAAAAGAGAAACCCCCCCAACCCCCACUUUCGUCAUCGGAAACCUCACCAGAUGACAUGAACACCCAACAAAGCAAGAAGUCCACUCCAGUAACUAUUAGAGUUGAGGAUCGCAUGAUACAUUACGAAUGUGAAAGCGAAUCAAGUGAAGAAGCAGGUGACAUAAAAGCAUCAGACAGAAAUGAGGAUCAUGAUACUGAAGAGGCACUGAGGAACGAAUUUGGGAGCCCAACAUCAGAAGAUGAUGACGCCUUCAUCCCUCCAUCUCAGCUCAACUACAGAAGAAAAGACUCCAUCGCUGUCACAAAGCAUCGGUUGCUAAAAGAACAGGAGGAAGGUCCACACGACGAGGACGACGACGACGAUGAUGCCCAAGACGACGAAGCUGACGACGGUGCGAAGCACCCUGUGUUCAUGCGAACUCUCGUAUCUGACAUUAUUUCGCCGGAUCUUGAUUACGAGAAGGACCACAAUGACGAAGUUGGUGUCAAAGAAGCCUUGGCAGCAAGAGCGGAGGCGACGAAGACAUCACCAGCAGAAUCGACUUCGGCUGUGCCUGCCGAUGAAGCCCAUGGAUCACGAUCCGCAGUGCAAGAGCUCCAAUGUGAUGCAGCAAGGCAAUCUGAGGGCCUUUUGGUACCAGAUGUGCUACACAAAGGAGAGAGGUCAAUAACGCUACUCAGACCUUCAGCUAGUGAACCUUUCCAACCUAACCAAGAGGACAGUACCGGAAGCGUGAAACAAGUAUCGCUGGAAGAACCAGGAAAAUCUGGAAGAAGACCUCUUGAGCAGCCCACGCACGAUGUCCUUAAAGAAACUCAAAAGGCGGAGGGAGCUCCAAAGUCAAGUAGCGAAUAUGAAGCGACAGCGCAAUCGGAAAGGGUGAUUACGUCUGCUGCCACGCAGGACCAAGAAGGUGUCCAAGAAGAAUCAAGCAGCGUAGAGAAACUACGGAAGGCUUCUACCGACAGUCUGUCGUUCAGUACUCAUCGAUAUUCGAACAGAAGCAGCUCUGAGGGCUCAAUACAGGCAUCCCUCAGCAUGAAUGAGGUAGAACCCCAAAGGCUUAUAACUAGAAUAGAAACAAUGACAGUCACAAAUGAGGUCAAAGACGCGUUUCGUUAUCCAACACACCGACUGGUCAGGAAACAGGUUUCAGAGACAACAAUCGAGAUCAGGAAACGAACCUACACCGAAUUCUAUAUUGAACCGAACCCUCCGAUGUACGCCUCCACUGAUGAAAUUGAUGUGCCAACCAAAGCAGGUUCUCGUGCACAACUAUGCGGCCAGUCGUCCCGGGAGACAUGUAGCGAAAUGGAACCAGACAACGUACAGCACACCAAUGAAAGAUCUGAGCAUUAG